AAGAGGACGAAAUUUUUGUAUUUCAUUGAAGAGGAAAUUGGAGAAAAGAUACGAUGGCCUAUGAUGAGGAUGAAAUUUGGGAGGAAAACGUGGUGAAAUUGAUACCUAAGCCAGAAGUUAAAUUCGUUAAGAGUCCGAGGUACCGUUCAGUCCACAGUAAGAGAACGCGGGAGGAGACCGCCCGAGCGAAGAGCGCCCACAAAACCCUUGGGCUUCCAUGCGUCGGACCAACAAUCCGUCCGAGUGACUUUUUGAAGCGUCGUAGUGGUGUGAGACCGGCGGUGAGUGUUCACCACGUACAUUAUCGGAUUCCCCUGCCGGGAUUGCCCAAAUGGAGUGCAAAGAAGCCACAACGUCCCAUAGUCGAUUUUACAAAGAAAAAUGUAGAGCUCGCUAAUCAAUUGAAGGCUAAACUGCCGGAAUUCAAACAUGUGGAUACUAGAAGGGGAGAUACUUAUGAGCUUAUGCCUAGCGGACUUAUGCCGGUCUAUGUUCAUAAGAAGAAUUUCGGCGAAGUACCACCGAAUUUGAAGAGAAACAAAUCAGCACCAGCAAGCCGCCGUCACGAACGUAGCAGUCGCGAUGUGAUUCCCGAGGAGAGACCCGUUAAUAAAAAGUCUGCUUGUAAAUACAUUACCGAGGACGAAAGAGCUAACUUACUAAAGGCUAUAAAAAAGAAAUGGUCGGAGUUGAUGAAGCAGUUUCAGUGUCUGCCUUUCCUCAUCGACACACCACCAAAGGUCAAGCGGAAAGCUGCUUUGGAAGAUAAAUUGAAACAGUUGGAAAAGGAUAUCGAAUUAAUUGAGAAUCAUCCUUAUAUUUACGUUUACGACGAUGAGGCGUGAA